UUCCGUCACCACGUGAGAGCGAUAUUAUUUUAACACUACUCGCCCGCCAAUAAUACGCCGUAAAAUAAAUAAAUCGUAAGACUUUUUUCUCAUUCGCCCCCAGUGAAAUAUUAUUCUGCGUGUGUGUGUGUGUGUGUUUUCAAUUUUAAUAAAUUAGAAAAUUUUAUUCGCCCAACACUAUAAUAUAAUAUUAGAUAAUAUAUUUCUAUACUCUGAGAUUAGUUUCGCCGUCGUAAUACAGUCACUAUACAGCGUGCGAUAAUAUACGACUCGUAAUAUUAUUUCGACUUGUAUAUUAUAACAUUGCAUUGAUUUUCCGCAUACGAUUUAUCGUUUUCGAUUCCCUCGGAUUCUAUAACCAGCAGCGCCGGAGUUAAAAAUAUACGUAUUUCGAUUUGGAUAUAUGGCAUCACUCUCGGGACACAAACUCCAAUAAGGCACCCACGUGGACAUAUUUUGAUUGAUGAUCAUCGUCAGUAUUGUCUAUUAUCGUAUAGUGUAAAUAAUGUCGAAUAAUGCACUCGGCGGACGACGCCGCGUAACGAUAUGGAAUUACCGAGAGACCACUCAAAUAAUAUAAAUAACGAAAACGAAAAUCGUCGUUGAACUUUGAGUCAUUAAGGUUCUCCGGAGCGGGCCAUGAACGGAUCGGAUUUCGGCGAGCCCAACUCGACCAGCAACGGAACCGAUGGAGUGGCGUGGCCGGACAGCAACCAAUUCGAGCUGCCGUGGUGGCACCAGCUGGCAUGGACGGUGCUGUUCGUGCCCAUGAUCAUGGUGGCCACGGGCGGCAACCUGAUCGUCAUAUGGAUAGUCAUGACCAACAAACGGAUGCGGAACGUGACCAACUACUUUCUGGUGAACCUGUCCAUCGCGGACGCCAUGGUGUCCACGCUCAACGUGUCCGUAAACUUUAGUUACAUGCUGACCAGCAACUGGACGUUCGGCACGGCCUAUUGCAAGAUCAGCCAGUUCGUGGCCGUCCUGUCCAUAUGCGCCAGCGUGUUCACCCUGAUGGCCAUAUCCAUCGACAGGUACAUAGCAAUAAUUCACCCUCUGAGGCCGCGUCUGGGUCGGAAGACGACGCUGAUGAUAGCCACCAGCAUUUGGGUGGUGGGCACCAUACUGUCCAUACCGAACCUGAUAUUCUUCACCACGCACACGGAACAGUUUCCCAACGGUGACCAGCGGGUCAUAUGCUACGCCGAGUGGCCGGACGGCAUCACCACCAACAGCUUCCAGGAAUACGUCUAUAACGUUUCGUUUAUGAUAAUUACGUAUUUCAUUCCCAUUGGACUGAUGGGUUUCACCUACGCUAUGAUCGGACACGAGCUGUGGGGAAGUCAAAGCAUCGGAGAAUGUACACAGAGGCAGUUGGAACACAUCAAGUCCAAGAGAAGAGUUGUGAAAAUGAUGAUCGUUGUCGUGACGAUUUUCGCCAUUUGUUGGCUGCCGUACCACAUUUACUUCAUUGUCACAUCUCAUAUGCCGGAAUUAACUAACGCACCGUACAUACAAGACGUAUAUUUGGCCUUUUACUGGCUAGCGAUGUCUAAUUCUAUGCACAACCCUAUCGUGUACUGUUGGAUGAACUCCAGAUUCCGCCAAGGGUUCAAGCAGUUCUUCUCUUUCGUGCCGUGCAUCAACGUGAGAACCGGCAGCCUGAUCCGACGGGAAGUUGUCACCAGCAGGUACAGCUAUAGCGGAUCCCCGGACGCCCACUAUCGGAUAGUGCGCAACGGCACCGUUUGCAUACCCUUGAACCACCUGUGCGUAGACAACGGGAGAGGUCACUUGAAGGUACCGACCGCUCAUUGGAGGCAGGCGAAAAAACACGGCAUCGACAGCAGCGUUGGCGAGAUGAGCAGCACCAGUUUCAGCAACACGGGAACGGCGGCGGGAGAAUCGAUUGCCAUGGCGAGUACAUCGACCUACAGCAAAAACAGCAACAUCAACUGCGGAGAAGGCAGCCAGAGGACCGGUCUAGGAAAAAAUGCAAAUUCCGCAUCCUGACGACAACCGUCGCAAAAGGACGACGGGGACCACGAUCUCCGUCACCGUCGGUCGUCGGCGACCGAUGUUACUACUCCGAGGAAUGCUGCAAAACAGCAGAUUUGGAUUUAAUGACUGGGCUGGUCACUCUGUCCGCUGUCAC